UUCCCUUUGGAGGCUGUUUUACUGCCGGUCGGAGCAGUGGUUGAGACGGAUUUAGGAGGCUCUCUUUUGUAGUAAAGUACUUUCAUAAAGUGGGAAAUCUUCAAAAUGGGAACCCGAGACGACGAAUACGACUAUCUUUUCAAAGUGGUGCUGAUCGGAGACUCUGGUGUGGGGAAGAGUAACCUGCUGUCCCGUUUCACACGGAAUGAGUUCAACCUGGAGAGCAAAAGCACCAUUGGUGUGGAGUUUGCCACCCGCAGCAUUCAGGUGGAUGGCAAGACGAUAAAGGCCCAGAUCUGGGAUACAGCUGGACAGGAGCGUUACAGAGCCAUCACUUCAGCGUACUACCGGGGGGCAGUGGGGGCUCUCCUAGUGUAUGACAUCGCCAAGCAUCUCACCUAUGAAAAUGUGGAGCGCUGGCUGAAGGAGCUCCGGGAUCAUGCUGAUAACAACAUCGUUAUCAUGCUGGUGGGCAACAAGAGUGACCUGCGCCACCUCAGGGCAGUGCCCACAGACGAGGCUUGUGCUUUUGCAGAGAAGAAUACCCUAUCAUUUAUUGAAACAUCAGCUUUGGAUUCCACUAAUGUGGAAGAGGCAUUCAAGAACAUCCUCACAGAAAUCCACCGAAUCGUAUCACAAAAGCAGAUAGCUGACAGAUCAGCACAUCACGAGUCUCCAGGCAACAAUGUUGUGGACAUCAGUGUCCCCCCCACCACCGAUGGGCAGAAAAACAAAUUACCGUGCUGUCAAAGCCUGUGACCCUCAAUACCACCGUCCCACCUCCACUCCUCACUCUUCAUCUCUGCUUUUCUCCUGGGUGUUGUGAUGUUGCUGUCUCUUCCUCCAUGUGUUUUAGCAGUCUCCUAGAAACUCUGACUUUCUAGAUAACAUUCCUUUUUUACUUUUCUCAUGUUUGUUGUUUGUCUGUAUGCUAUCCUCUAACCUCGACUUGUCUUUUACCAAGUGAUAGGAUUUUUUUGGGGGGGCUAUUUUGUAUUCAGGCUCUGAUCAUGUGACCCAAUCCUGUCGACGGAAUGGUGAGGGAUCAGAUUGUCCUGAGCUUCUGGGUCAUAUCUAGAUAAGCUACAGCUUGUGUCAAUUGACAUAAAAUGCUAAAUAUUUCAACCUUUGAUCUAAACCUUUUCUUAAAACCUUAACCCAAUUUUCCUAACCUGCUAUGUUAAUUCUCCUAACCUCUUAUGAAAAGUACAUUUUGACAAGCUGUAUCCCUUUUAGAUAAAACAAGCUUUUGGUUGUUGUCCUCACAGUCUUGAGUGUGGCAUGAAAGGAGCAAGAACAGGGAUGUAGGUAGUGACAAAGUAUGGCUGAUCUGAUGCAUUUCAGAAAAUGUUGCAUUUUUAUUUUUUGUUAAGCCUGUGGUUCACAGAUACACCAAAGUGUGGCUGAAAUCAAUUUCAAUCUGAAAUAGUCUAAACUUGCAGAGAGGCACAUUGGUCAAGAUUGGUUUUACCAAUUGUUUCAUGUGCGCUGUUUCACUGUUAGCUGCAGCCACUGUGUUCUUUCUGUCAUUAGAUUAUACUAUGACCUGAUCCAGUAGUAGGACUACAAUUGAAAGCAAAAGUGAAUAUGAAGGUUGUCCUGCCGAUCACUUCAAUGGAACUCGCCAUGUAAACUAAUUCUGAAUGACUCUAACAUUUUUAAAUCCCAACAYUUAGCUUGGUUUGUUUGGGCGGGGGGUUCUAAUAAAACACUGCAAUAUCUAGGGUG